AUCUUCCGCAAUCCCUCGUCCCUUUUAUUCCUCCGUUCCUAUUUUCCACCAGCGAUCGAAAUUAUAGCCCCAUUAGAACCACCCACCUACUUCUUCCUCGAUCUCUCGUUCUGCCUAUCGGCGACGAUUGAAUACCUUCUCAAAUUUUGUACCGAAACAAUGCAAAGGGGCAGAGGUGGGAGGGAUGAUUUCUUUGGGUUUGGGGAUCCAUUCGCCGGAUUUGGUGGCUUCGGGAGACCUGGGGGCCUGAUCUCUAGCUUCUUUGGUGGGAGGGACCCCUUCGAUGACCCUUUCUUUACUCGACCCUUUGGAAGCUUGAUGGGCCCAAGCAUGUUUGGACCUCCCAGUAUUUUUGAUGAUGGAAGAAGAAGCUUCUUUGGAGAGACAAGCAAUGCCGGGUUCCUCGAGCAAGCUCCACCUCCUAAGUCUAAGGGGCCAAUUAUCGAGGAACUGUCGUCUGAUGAUGAAGAAGAUGUGGAGAGGACUGAUAAGGAGAAGAAAGAUAACCCAAGGAAACAUUCUAGGUCGAGUAAAGAACCGUAUGUUCUGGACCCUGAUGAAGAAACUGAAGAGAAGAAGAGCAAGUACAUGCAGUAUAGCAAUGAGUUUGGCCGGGCUGGUGCAUCGCAGCCACAGGCCCGAACUUAUUCUUUUCAGAGCUCAACAGUGACGUAUGGUGGUCCUAAUGGAGCAUAUUAUACUUCAUCUACUACAAGGAGAAGUGGAGGUGAUGGAGUUACCGUGGAAGAGCAAAAGGAAGCUGAUACGACUACACGUAGAGCAACCCACAGGAUUUCUCGAGGAAUUCAUGAUAAGGGUCAUUCUGUAACAAGGAAGCUGAAUUCAGAUGGAAGGGUAGACAUGAUGCAGACAUUACGCAAUAUGAAUGAAAAUGAGCUGGCUGGCUUUGAGGAAUCAUGGAAGGGGAAGGCAAGACAGCACUUGCCUGGAUGGAAUCCAGGGUUUGACAUGCUUGAUAAUGGCAGGGCUAGAAAUGGCAGCAGUAGCAGGCAAGGUGAACGGCCGGCCAGGGGAUGGGCUCUUCCAUCAGCUGAACAACCCUAUGAUUCAGGAAGGAUGAUGUCACAACCCCAGGCCGAUUCUCUCAAACGGGGAACUCACUAAACUAAGAGCUGGGGUUCCUGGCAUUUGUUUGGGUCAGGGAUGAAUUAGUGGUAUUCUGGCACUUAGGAUGAAAAUAGGGAGUCUAUUAGCUUUCUUUUGUGAGUUUUACGUGGGUCUCUUGCCGUCCUUGUCUGGAUUAUAAACUAUAUAGGCAUUGUAUCCCUAAUGUGUUACUACGAAAAACUCUUGGAUGUUGGUAUGUGUGAGAUUUGCUUAUUAAGACCAUCAGAUAUUAGAUCAUAUGGUGGCCCAUAACGAAGUCCAUCUUUCUUACA